AUGGGAACUAAAUCCCUGUGCCUUCUUUUGGCGUCUGUUCUGAUAGCAUAUUAUGUUUACACACCCACUCCAGAGAAUAUUGAGGAACGCUGGAAACUGAUGCUCAUAAAUGCUGGCUUUAGAACUGUAGCACAUGUGGCUGAGUUUGCUGAGUGGCUGGGUCUGAUGCACUACAUGGAAGUUCUGAUGAUGAUCACAAGUAUUGAGUACACUGCACCAAUAUCAGAUGAAAAUGUGACCGUCACUGACACAAAAUUUAACAAUGUUCCAGCCCGUUUGUACAUACCCAGGAAGCAAUCCAGUGGGCUGAAAAGGGCAGUGAUUUAUAUUCACGGUGGAGGCUGGUGUGUAGGAGGCUCAGCCAUGGAACCCUAUGACCUCCUGUCAAGAUGGACUGCAAACAAACUAAAUGCUGUUGUCAUAUCAGUCGAGUACAGAUUAGCACCGAUGUAUCAUUUUCCAGUUCAGUUUGAAGACGUGUACACUGUAGUGAAGUUCUUCCUACAAAACAGUGUUCUUGCGCAAUAUGGGGUGGACCCAAAUCGGAUCUGUAUUUCAGGAGAUAGUGCAGGAGGUAACUUAGCUGCAGCAGUGGCACAGCAGCUGCUAGAUGACCUUGAAGUUAAAGUUAAACUUAAGAUCCAAGCUUUACUUUACCCUGCUCUUCAGACCCUUGAUCUGGAUUUGCCCUCCUAUAAAGAUAAUGAGAACAAGCCAAUUCUGCCCAAGUCAUUGAUGGUCAGAUUCUGGAGUGAAUACUUUACUACUGAUGUCUCUCUUCAAGAAGCUAUGGCUUCCAAUAGUCAUGUCCCUGCAGAAUCAAGCCAUUUGUUUAGGUUUGUAAACUGGAGCAAUUUGCUGCCUGAAAAGUUUAAAAAGGAUCAUGUUUAUGCCAGCCCCAUUUAUGGAAGUUCCAGGCUUGGAAAAAAAUAUCCAGGAUUUCUGGAUCCAAGAGCUGCACCACUCUUGGUUGAUGAUACCAAGUUACUUGGCUUACCUGUGACAUAUGUCCUUACGUGUCAACAUGAUGUCUUGAGGGAUGAUGGAAUCAUGUAUGUCUCACGACUUAGGGAAGUAGGAAUUGAAGUAAUACAUGACCACAUUGAGGAUGCAAUUCAUGGGGCUCUAAUGUUUAUUACAAGUCCAACUGAUUUAGCUCUAGGACAUAGAGUAGCAAAUAAAUAUAUUGAGUGGUUAAAUAUAAACUUAUAA